UAAUUACUGCACACACGCUUUGUUAAACACGCAACAAAUGCAGAAGAAGGUUUGUUCCUCAGAAAAGUGGUGCAGCUUUCUUGUUUUUUCCAUGAAGGUUCCAACUUUGCCCACCUAAUUAAGUUUUUUCCUAUUUUCAUCAAGGUAACCCUCAAGUUUUCUCUUUUCUGUGAUCCCAAAACACGCUUUUGGUCUAAAACCCAAUUCAUAUUUUGCUCUUCUUGACUCAAAGAUUGAAUCUUUAUAUGGUUGUUUGAUUGAAACUCUAUUUUUAGCUUGUGGGUUGGAGAUCAAGUUCAAUAUAGAAUACAUGUAUUACAGAAGUUUCAUUGGAAAAAACCCAUUACAGAUAUUCAAGUUUUUGAUUCAAUUUCUUUGAAACCAAAAGAUGGAUAACAAUGGUUCUCCACCACCAUAUUAUCCACCAUACCAGAAUGCUUACCCACCAUACCCACAUCACCCUCCUUCUCAAUACCCACCUCCUCCUUCAGAUCAAUACCCUCCUUCUCAAUACCCUCCUCCACCAGAUCAAUACCCUCCUGCUCCUGCUCCAGCUCCAUAUCCAUACCCUUAUACUUCAUACCCUCCUCCUUAUCAACAUGCCCCAUAUCCAUACCCUUCUUCAGCUUCACCUCCUUCAUCUGCAUACCCUCCCUCAGCUCCACCUCCUUCCUCUGCAUACCCUCCCUCAGCUCCACCUCCUUCCUCUGCAUACCCUCCUUCACCUUCACAUUCUUCAACUACAUACCCUCCAUCACCUACAUCAUAUCCACAAUCACCAUCCUCAGCCUCUUCCCAUUCGGGCCCUUUCGACUACAAUCAGCCCCCUUAUCCCUAUCCAUACCCUCCGGCCCGGCCAAGUACAAAUAGUGGUCCUCUGCCAACCCUUCAGCACCAGGGGAGUGGUAGUUUUAAGUAUGACUCUAACCAUUAUCAGUACCAGCAGUCAGGGAUGUACCCGCCAGUAGAAAGCCCCCACCAGUCCCCUCUGCAUGCCAGUAGGUUCUCUCUUCACCAGAGGUAUGAUAGUUGUCCUGUAGGAAUUGAGGCUUCUGGUUACCCCCCAGUGGAUCAGCUUUUGAGUAAUAUGCAUUUGUCUGAGAACCAGCCAACUGAUAAUUCAGUGGCGCCGUCAGCACCUUCGAGUGCAAGGUGUGAUAAGGUGGGGGAGUUUUAUGGGUAUCCUAAUAGCUCCUUUACGACUUGGGAGGCGAGUAGUACUUAUUCAGGGAAUCAGACUGAACAGCCAAGUCCUGUUUUGACCCCGACAACUUCAAUCAAUGGGUCUCAACAUAGCCAGAGUUUGCAGAUUGUUCCAUUGCAGAAUAAAGGGUCCUUGAAGGUUUUGCUCUUACAUGGGAAUCUGGAUAUUUGGGUGUAUGAAGCGAAAAACCUGCCGAAUAUGGACAUGUUCCACAAGACUUUGGGGGAUAUGUUUAUGAAGUUUCCAGGGACUGGAAGCAACAAAGCUGAUGGGCAGUCGAACCGUGGGAUUACUAGUGAUCCGUAUGUUUCAAUUUCAGUUGCAAAUGCUGUAAUUGGGAGGACAUAUGUGAUAAGCAAUUCUGAAUUUCCUGUUUGGAGGCAACAUUUCAAUGUUCCAGUAGCGCAUUAUGCACCUGAAGUGCACUUUGUUGUUAAAGAUAGUGAUCUUGUGGGAUCCCAGCUUAUUGGAGUCGUGGCAAUUCCAGUAGAACAUAUAUACUUGGGAGCAAGAGUUGAGGGAAUUUACCCAAUCCUGAAUGCUAGUGGGAAGCCUUGUAAACCUGGAGCUGUCCUCAGGCUUUCAAUUCAGUACACUCCAAUUGAGAGAUUGAGCAUUUACCAUAAUGGAGUUGGGGCAGGCCCUGAUUACUAUGGGGUUCCUGGCACCUAUUUUCCUCUUAGGACAGGUGGAAAGGUAACUCUUUACCAAGAUGCUCACGUCCCAGACGGUUGUCUUCCGAACUUGAUUUUAGGUGGGGGGAGGCCAUAUGUGCAUGGGAAGUGUUGGCGUGACAUUUUUGAUGCAAUACGUCAAGCACAGCGUUUGAUUUACAUUGCUGGGUGGUCGGUUUGGCACAAUGUUAAACUGGUUCGGGAUGGUGGUGCAGCAUCUAAUGUCACCAUAGGUGAUCUUCUGAGAUCCAAGUCCCAGGAAGGAGUGAGAGUACUGCUGCUUGUGUGGGAUGACCCCACUUCAAGGAGCAUUUUGGGUUAUAAAACUGAUGGAAUCAUGCAAACCCAUGAUGAGGAAAUUCGGCGGUUUUUUAAGCACUCUUCGGUACAAGUGUUGCUUUGCCCCCGCACUGCUGGAAAACGACAUAGCUGGGUUAAACAAAGAGAAGUUGGGACGAUCUAUACGCAUCAUCAGAAAACCGUAAUUGUGGAUGCUGAUGCUGGCCAUAAUAGGAGGAAAAUCCUAGCUUUUGUCGGAGGACUUGACUUAUGUGAUGGUCGAUAUGAUAGUCCAAACCAUGAGCUAUUUAAGACGUUGAAAACAGUGCAUAAAGAUGACUACCACAACCCAACGUUCACGGGUAGCACCGCUGGUUGUCCAAGAGAGCCAUGGCAUGAUUUGCACUCUAGGCUUGAUGGUCCAGCAGCAUAUGAUGUUCUGACCAACUUUGAGGAGCGCUGGUUAAAGGCUUCAAAACCACAAGGGAUGAAGAAACUGAAAAGAACCUACAAUGAUUCUUUGCUCAAGUUGGAAAGGAUUCCAGACAUAAUUGGAGCAGCCCAUGCUGCUUCCACUAGUGACAACGAUCCUGAAACCUGGCAUGUUCAGAUCUUUCGUUCAAUUGAUUCAAACUCUGUUAAAGGUUUCCCAAAGGAUCCAAAAGAAGCAACAAGCAAGAAUCUGGUAUGCGGAAAGAAUGUGCUGAUCGACAUGAGCAUACAAACAGCAUAUGUGAAGGCCAUCCGUGCUGCCCAGCAUUUCAUAUAUAUAGAGAAUCAAUAUUUUAUUGGGUCUUCAUACAAUUGGAAUCAAUACAAAGACUUAGGUGCUAAUAAUUUGAUUCCCAUGGAAAUUGCCCUUAAGAUUGCUGAGAAAAUCAGAGCACACGAGAGAUUCGCUGCGUAUAUUGUUAUUCCAAUGUGGCCGGAAGGUGUUCCGACUGGUGCAGCAACACAAAGAAUUCUAUUUUGGCAGCACAAGACAAUGCAAAUGAUGUAUGAGACAAUUUACAAGGCGUUAGUGGAAAUGGGGUUGGAGGGUGCAUUCUGCCCCCAAGACUAUUUAAACUUCUUUUGUCUUGGAAAUCGUGAGGCUAUAGAUGGAAAUGAUACAUCUGUUUCUGGAAGUCCUGCUGCAGCAAACACUCCACAGGCAUUUAGUCAAAAAAGCAGGCGAUUUAUGAUUUAUGUUCACUCGAAAGGUAUGAUAGUCGAUGACGAGUAUGUAAUAGUGGGGUCUGCAAACAUUAAUCAGCGCUCUAUGGAAGGGACAAGAGACACUGAAAUAGCAAUGGGGGCCUACCAACCUCAUCAUACAUGGGCAAGAAAUCAUUCUAGUCCUUUUGGAGAGAUAUAUGGAUAUAGAAUGUCACUAUGGGCAGAGCACACAGGAACCAUUGAGGACUGUUUUAGAGAACCAGAGAGUCUUGAAUGUGUUAGGAGAGUUAGAGCAAUGGGUGAGAUGAACUGGAAACAAUUUGCUGCUGAGGAUGCAACAGAGAUGACGGGUCAUCUAUUGAAGUAUCCAGUUGAAAUUGAUCGAAAAGGCAAAGUGACAUCCCUUCCUGGAUGUGAGAGUUUCCCCGACGUAGGAGGAAAUAUAACUGGUUCUUUCCUUGGCAUUCAAGAAAAUUUGACAAUUUGAUCACCAGUUCAGUUUGAUUUAGAGAACAGCUCAGUCAGUACAGUUUUGAAACUUUUUUGUUUCGUUUAGCAUAGCAUUAGACACCAUCCUUUUAGGGUUUUGUUUUAUUCGACAGGAAAUAUAAGUGCUUUUAGGGUUUUUCCCUAUUUUUUCAAUUUCAUUCUUUGGUAGACCAACUCGCUUCUUUGGCAUUCAAGGAAGCCUGACCAUUUGGUCUGCCUGUCAUCACAUCCAGAUUGUUCAGAGAAGAAUUCCAAUAAAAUAUACUUGUACAGUUUGGUUC